CUUUCCUAUAAAAGAGCACACCGAGACACCAGCUGAAUUCCCGGCACACGUCCGCGCCGAUUCACACCGCCAACAUGUCCAGAACCGACGAGGUCCACCGGAUCACCGAGAACGUCUACAAGUCCAUCAUGGAGCAGUUCAACCCGUGCCUGAGGAACUUCGUGGCCAUGGGGAAGAGCUACGAGAAGGCGCUGACCAGUGUCACGUCCGCGGCAAAGGGUUACUUCCACGCUCUGGUGCAGAUGGGCGAGGUGGCCAGCGACAGCCAAGGCGCCAAGGAGCUCGAAGAAACAGCAUGGGAGGUCCUGUUCCAGAUGGCCGAAGUGCACCGCCGCAUUCAGAUCCAGCUGGAGGAGAUGUUGAAGUCGUUCCACAACGAGCUGCUGACCGAGCUGGAGAAGAAAGUGCAGAUGGACGCUCGCUACCUCAACGCGGCGCUCAAGAAGUACCAGACGGAGCACAGGAGCAAAGGGGAGAGUUUGGAAAAGUGCCAGACCGAACUGAAGAAGCUGCGACGCAAAAGUCAGAGCGGAAAGACCCCCGCCAAGUACGGCGACAAGGACCUGCAGCAGAUGAGCGGCACCAUGCCAGAGGCCGGCGCCAAAACCCUGGCCGGACCUCCGCAGUUGGCGGCGCUGCGAAGCGCCGGCGGCCCGCAGAGGCUGAUGGAAGGCGGCGCCGAACACUACCAGCAGUGGCCCGAGUCCAAAGCGGCAGCGGUGCCCCAAGGCAAGACGUCGUACUCCAACACGCUGCCCGCACGAAAAGCGGCGCCCGCCAAGAGCAAGACCUCGCUGACGGAGCCUCGCACGCUGCCGCGCUCCAGCUCGAUGGCGGCGGGCCUGGAGAAGAAGCAGCGCGGCGGGCGGACGGCGCGGGUGCGGGCCCUCUUCUCGCACGCGGCCGGUGACAACGGCACGUUGCUCAGCUUCCAGCAAGGCGACGCCGUCACGCUGCUGGUGCCCGAGGCCCGCGACGGCUGGCACUACGGCGAGAACGAGAAGACGCGCAUGCGAGGCUGGUUCCCCUUCUCGUACACGCGCGUCAUUUCGGAGGACGACCCGGACACCGACGGCCGACUUCCUGUUCACAGCCUCCAUCCUUGGAGGAGCAGCAGCACCGGAAACCUUCUGGACAGAGAUGCCACUUCUGCCGCCGCCGCCGCCGCCGUCACCUUCGCCGACUACCACAUCCACCCGCUGGCCAGACAGCCACGCCCCUACAGCGUCACCAUGCCGGGUUUCUCGCAGGCAGCGGCGGACGAGUACGAUCCGGCUCCCCGUUUCGUCAGCGGUACUUCCGAAGUCAAACUCAUUUCCACAGUGUGAGAACAGACAGAGCGGACUGCUGAUUGACAACAGGAACAGGAAGCGAGCCCACAAGAAUAGGUCGUGGUGGCGGCCGGCGUCUUGGUGGGGUCGGUUCUCCGCAUCAAGCGCAGGCGCAAACUUAUCUUUCAUACACACACACACACACACACACACACACACACACGCUCAGUUUCAGAAUCUCAACAAUAAUCCCAAUCAUCCUAAUCAAAGUGUAUUUGUAUCACCAGUGGCAUUUCCACACACCUCCAGUAUGUAGUGAACGGAAAUAUUUGUCUUCUAUGAGCACUUUUGAUGACAUUCUGUUCACGCCGAUGAUAUUGCCACACUCCGACGGAUGACAUUCUCAUGUUUUGUAGAUCGCUGUCAUGAAUAUGUGUUGCUGUGUAUUGACAUUAUGAUGGACAUUGACAUCACGCACACUGUUAUGUAUCAUACAUUUGUGUAGCCUGUAUUAUAGAACACACGAAUAUGUACAGGAUAUUUAUUUACAUGAUGACACGUGGCUGCAAUAUUAUGUAUUACGAACACUCGGCGUGAGUCGUUCCACGCCAAUCAGAUAUUUAUUUAUUUAUUUAUUUUGCAAUUCAAGGUGCCAAGCAUCCCCAAGCGGCGAAUGGCCUUGUGUUUCAAAAGUCUGUACGGAGGCAAUGCAUGCUUUGACGGCGAAGCCGCAACAGAAACAUGUAACGCUGAACAGCUGGCAUCAGCUUCAACAAAUAUAUCAAUAAAAAAAUGAAAUAAAAUAUUACAAAUGUAUACAAGAUGUUCUCCUGACACCCAGGCCCGCUUGUCCUCAGCUUGGAACGAACUUCACAACUUCAACUCAAAUGUGUUUCAAACAUUUCUCUGUUCUGCAGUCCAGAUCGAAGCCCAAGUGCGAUUGUUUAGGACAACAAAAGCUCGCUUUUGGGGAAAAAAAAAAAACUCAAAAGCUUGCGCAAUCAUCAUUGAGCAGAAAACAACGCAAGCGUGAAGAUCGCAAAUUGCAAAAUAACUUGUUUUGAUCCGAUGGGAUAUCGAUGUACAAUGAUGUGGAAUAAAUAUCCCUUUGGGAGAAGCGUA